UUGCUCUAUCUUGCUAGUAAUCAAGGAUCUUUGGUGUAGCCUUUAACCUACACUUUCAAAAAGAAGAGAAAGAACGCUCUGAGGAGGCCACUGAAACAGGCACGCAAAGACACAGAUGAAUAAGUUCAUCUACCUCGCUGAAGAGAGCUCUUGUUUGUGGAUGAAGCAUAGGCUACUCAAUAUCCAUGCCACCUUUCACCGUGGUGCACCGAGACUCCCCGAUAACACUAUGCAUCAUUUUAAGCUGAAGAUUGAGGCGGCCCGUGUUCAGCUCCUUGGGAAACUCACGGGUGAAGAUGACUCAAUGUAAUCUGACCAUCACGGAGGAGGUGCGGGUGUUCCAGAUCGUGACGGCCAUCCCAACGUUUGUCCUUGGUGUCCUGGUCAACGCUGCGGUACUGGUGCUCUUCUACCGGCAGUGGCGGAACUGCAGCGACAUGAUGGUGUACCUGACCAACAUGGCGUUGGCCGACAGCUGCGUCCUGGUCUCGCUGCCCUUCAGGAUGUACUCGUACCUCAACCCCUGGCCCUUCUCCGUCAGCUCCUGCCUGGCUUUUGUCUCGACCUACUUCGUCAACAUGUACGUCAGCAUCUUCACCACUGUGGCCAUCAGCGUUGUCCGCUACGUGGCCGUGAAGUACCCCUUCAGGGCACGGGCGGUUAUGUCCCCAUGGAAGGCGCUGGUGGUGUGUGUGGGCAUCUGGGUGGUCAUCGGCUCCCUGAGCGCCAUGUUCCACUCGGUAGAUGCUCCACCAGCGAACUCGUCCGGUUUCAGAUGCUUCCAGAAGAACUCGGACUGGCCGCUGCCCCUCUCCUUCAUCCUGACGCUGGUGUUGGUGGGCUACGCGGUGCCAUUCGUCGUCAUCACGUACUGCUCGGUGACGGUGAUCCGCACCCUCGCCAGGAGGACGGACUCAGGCGGCGGCGGCAUACGGAAGAGCCAGUCAGUGCGCAUCAUCGCCGCCAACCUCGCCAUCUUCAUCGUCUGCUUCUCGCCGCUCCACUUCGGCUACCUGCUCAAGUUCCUGAGCGAGACCUACUCACACGACUGUGGUCUGCAGCAGGCUGCCCACUCGUUUGUCCACGUGGCCAACAGCCUGGCGUCCACCAACUGCUUCUUGGACGCCUUCAGCUACUACUUCCUGGCGCGUGGAAGCUGGGGGACUCUGAAGGUCGCGUGCUGUGGCACCCAGCACACGGAGAGGGUCAACACCGUGAUCUGACAGUCAGGGUCAGGAUGAUAACUGUGUGAACUCUCAGCUCUUGCUCUCUGUUCCUCCAGAUGACUAGCCAAGCUGUCAUUAUUAUAGACUUGGUAGAGCCAGGUUUGUCUGAGUGGGUUCUAUGUGAUGUGGACGUGCUAUGUGCAUAUGUGUUUACUGCAGAGGAAACACUGUAUUCUGAGGGACUGAAUGCCAUGUGUCUGUAUGUAUAUCUGUAGCUGUUAAAAGUAUUGUGUAAGUUGUCGAGAGUCAUGUUAAUUCAGAUGUUCAAAAAUGCUGCUAAUUACUCAACUCAUUUAUGCUUCAUUAUGCCCUGUGUCAAUACAUUUGCAAAUAUGUUUGUC